UGCGGCGGCUCGGCCGAGGAGGAGCGGGGCCGGGAGCGCGGCCGGGCCGCCGCCGCCCCCCGCAAGCUGCCCACAUUCCUGGGCGUUGUGGUGCCCACGCUGCUCUCCAUGUUCAGCGUCGUCCUCUUCCUGCGCCUCGGGUUUGUGGUGGGUCAUGCUGGGUUGUACCAGGCCCUGGCCAUGUUCGCAGUGGCAUAUUUCAUCAUUGGUAUGACGGUGCUCUCUGUAUGUGCCAUUGCUACCAACGGGGCACUGGAUGCUGGAGGAGCCUACUAUAUGAUCAGCCGUGCCUUGGGCCCAGAGUUUGGGGGCAGCAUCGGGAUCAUGUUUUUUCUGGCCAAUGUGUGUGGCAGUGCCCUCUAUGUGCUGGGGCUGGUGGAGGCAGUGGUGGACAGCUUUGGGAUCCCGCCUGGGCAAGAAGCGGGCACAGGCGUCCAUGUCCUGCCCCAGAGCUACUGGUAUGAGCUGCUCUACGGCACUGUGCUGCUGGCGCUCUGCCUCCUCGUGUGCCUCGUGGGUGCCUCUAUCUAUGCCAAGGCCACUUUCCUCAUCUUCCUCAUCGUCGCAGUUGUCCUGGGCACCAUCCUUGUCAGCUUCUUCGCCACACGGCCCCUGAAGGUGCCCAUCCGCCUGCCCAACGGCAAUAGCACUGAGACCGAUAAUGGCUUCUUCACCGGCUUCUCCCUCAACACAUUGCGAGACAACCUGCAUGGUGAGUAUAGGGUGGACUACACCACCGGGCAGAUGAUGAGCUUCAGCUCCGUGUUUGCAGUGAUGUUCAACGGCUGCACUGGCAUCAUGGCAGGCUCCAACAUGUCAGGGGACCUGAAGCGCCCGAGCUACUCCAUCCCACGGGGCACCAUCUCUGCUGUGCUCUUCACCUACCUCGUUUACAACCUGCUGGCUUUCCUCAUGUGUGCCACCUGCAACAGGAUCCUCCUGCAGAAAGACUAUGGCUUCUUACGUGACAUCAGUAUCUUCCCACCGCUGGUCACUGUGGGCAUCUAUGCUGCCACUCUCUCUGCAGCCAUGAGCAACCUCAUUGGGGCAUCCCGCAUCCUGUAUGCUCUGGCCAGGGAUGAUCUCUUUGGCCGGGCACUGGCGCUGGCCAAGAAGACAUCUGCCAGUGGGAACCCAGUGAUGGCAGUGAUCCUCUCCUGGUUGGUGGUGCAGAUUGUGCUCUUUUCUGGGAAGCUCAACACCAUCGCAAGUGUCGUGACAACCUUCUUCCUCCUGGUUUAUGCCACUGUCAACCUGGCCUGUCUGGCACUAGAAUGGGCCUCGGCCCCCAACUUCAGGCCCACUUUCCGGUACUUCACCUGGCACACGUGCCUGCUGGGCAUCGCAGGCUGCUGCGUCAUGAUGUUCCUCAUCAGCCCCGUGUCAGCCUCAGCGAGCCUUGGCUUCCUCCUCCUCCUCCUCCUUGCCCUUCACUACCUCUCACCCAGCAGCACCUGGGGCUACAUCAGCCAGGCCCUCAUCUUUCAUCAGGUGCGGAAGUACUUGCUGAUGCUGGAUGUCCGGAAGGACCAUGUCAAGUUCUGGCGCCCGCAGAUGCUGCUGAUGGUGCAGAACCCGCGAGGCAGCGCCCGCCUCAUCGACUUUGUCAACGACCUCAAGAAGAGCGGCCUCUAUGUCCUGGGCCAUGUGGAGCUGCAGGACCUGGACAUGCUGCCCUCAGACCCGCUACAGCCCCAGCAGGACUCGUGGCUGAGCUUGGUGGACAAACUGAAUGUCAAGGCCUUUGUCAGCCUCACCCUUGCACCCUCAGUGCGACACGGUGUCCGGCAGCUCCUCUUCACCUCUGGCCUUGGCGGGAUGCGCCCCAACACCCUGGUGCUGGGUUUCUACGACGACGAGGCACCACAGGAUGGUCUAGCCCGGCACCCUGCCUUCACCAGCGCUCGUGAGGAGGUUCCCCUGGGCUUCCCCCCACUGCGGGCACCCACCUCUCCCAAACUGCUGUCAGCCCGGGAGUACGUGGGCAUUGUGGCUGACGCCCUGAAGAUGCUUCGCAAUGUCCUGCUGGCCCGGCAGCUGGAGAGCCUGGACAAGGCCUGGGAGCUGCGGCGGGCCGCCAGCCCCCCGCCCACCAUCCAUGUCUGGCCCGUCAACCUGCUGCGGCCCGACAGCGCCCGCUACGCUGACACCUGCAGCCUGUUCCUGCUGCAAAUGGCCUGUGUCCUCAACAUGGCGCGGGCCUGGCGCCGGGCCCGCCUGCGCCUCUUCCUCUGCGUGGAGGCAGGCACCAUGCCCCAUGCCCAGGAGGAGAAGCUGCGCCAGCUCCUCAAGGACCUGCGCAUCCAGGCCCAGAUCCAGCUGGUGCCCUGGGAUGCCAUCACCCGCCUGCACUGGCAAACCUGCCAGGGACCCCCAGGAGGGCCAGCGGAGGAGGAGGAAGAGGAGGAAGGGGUUGUGAACUUCCCAACCAACACCACCCAAGUGUCGGACGAGUAUGUGUGUGCCGCCAACAAACUGGUCCUGGAGCAGAGCCCCGCGCCAGCCGUGCGCUUCCUGUACUUGCCGCGGCCGCCGGCCGACACCAGCCUUUACCCUCUCUACCUGCACCAGCUGGAGCUGCUCACCCGUGGGCUGGGCCCCACCGUGCUGGUGCACGGGGUGAGUGCUGUCACCAGCACCCAGCUCUAGGUGACCCCCAGGUUCCCCCCAACUCCCUGCACACUCCUUUGCCCAGUGCCUUCAGCAGCCUGAGCCUGGGGAUGGUCCCAGUGUCUCCAUCCUGGUGGGCAAAGAAGGUACCCUGCAGUGAGAGGUGGGUGCAGGGAGGGGGUUUGAUUUUCGGGGAUCUCUCCUGUAGAGGAUUAAAGCUGCCCUGGCAGGAUCCCAGCACAGCUCUGGGGCUGGAUGGGCAGCACAGUGCAUUCACGGUGCCUUUUCUUGGGGUAGGGCAUAGCAGGGUCCUGGGGGAGCCAAGCACUGGGUGUCCCAGUUGUCUGCUGGCAGCCCCUUAGUACCCCCUCUGUACUUCCUCCCCUGCCGCAGCCCCCAUCCUCUCCUCCGCCAGCUCCUCCGGGCACCCAGCCAGCAGCGGGGAUUGAUUAAAGGCAGCCUCGACCUUGGUGCCCCAGC